CCAUCGUCACGCAGAUCACAAGUCGAAGCAAAGGCCUCGAACCGUCUGAUGCUGCUGCUCCGCCCAAAUCCGCCCCUGUCCUCCGUCGCCGCCCAAGCCCGCACCCGCGGCUCCCUCCCGCCGUUCCUCUCAUUCUUCUCCCUCCGGCUUCCGUCCCGUAGCCUCCCCGCGCCGUUGCCCCUUUUCUCUACGCCGCCGCGCCGGCCGCGCCGUCUUCCCCAUCCCGCCGCCUGCGACGACGUCGCCGACCAAUACGACGGGUUCGAUGAGGAGCUGCGCCGUCUUCUGGUCCUCCUCCCGCUGGAGAUGCGGAGGCGGGCGGAGGCCCAACCGGAGCUCCGCCGCCUCGUCGAGAUCGUCAUGGACCUGGGCCGACGGCCCCUUGCCCGCUUCCCCUCCGGCGACUUCUUUCUCUCCGACUGCCCCAUCUCCUCCCAGGACCUCCACCACGCCGCCUCCCAGGUGGGCGACUUUGCCGCGGAUAAUCGGGCGGGCAUCAGUCGGACGUUGCACCGGAUUAGCGCCAUCAGGAACCGGAAGGGCUCCAUCGUUGGACUCACUUGCCGGGUUGGCCGAUCAGUCACCGGCAGUGCCAAUCUGCUGCGUGAUUUGGUGAAGGAUGGGGGUUCACUGUUACUUAUAGGUCCUCCAGGAGUCGGCAAGACCACAGUCAUCAGAGAAAUAGCAAGGAUGCUUGCAGAUGAUUACAAGAAACGGGUCAUGAUCGUUGACACCUCCAAUGAGAUAGGUGGAGAUGGUGACAUUCCUCAUGCUGGGAUAGGGAGUGCCCGUAGGUUGCAAGUGCCCAACCCUGACAUGCAACACAAGGUGUUGAUCGAAGCAGUAGAAAACCAUAUGCCACAAGUAAUUGUGAUCGAUGAAAUUGGAACUAAGCUAGAAGCGGUAGCUGCUAGUACCAUUGCACAACGUGGUAUCCAGCUUGUUGCCACUGCUCAUGGAGUAACAAUAGAGAAUUUGAUCAUGAAUCCUUCUUUAGAGAUGCUUGUGGGGGGAAUACAAAGUGUUACUUUAGGUGAUGAAGAGGCUAGCAGAAGAGGUGUCCAGAAGACUGUCCUGGAGCGAAAAGGACCUUCAACAUUUACAUUUGGUGCAGAGAUUGUCUCAAAGACUGAAGUACGAGUCCAUCGUAGUUUAGAAGCCACAGUGGAUGCUCUUCUAGCAGGCCGGUCUCCAAAAUUUGAAAUUCGCAAGAUGGACAUCGAAGAGUCUACAGUUGAAACCCUUCCUUUGCAGAAGGAAUCUCUUGGCGAUAUUUUCACUUUGAAGGAAGAAGAAAGCAAGGUCGAGAAUGAUCUUCUAAUUCCUAGUCAAAAGUUGUGCAACAACAUGCCUACUAUUGAAUUUAAGGAAAAAGAGCUUGAUAUAUCUCAUAAAGUUGGAAGAGAUUUCCACCUCUUUGUUUAUGGGAUCAUGGAAUCAAGCAUCUUACAAGCACUAAAGCAGUUGGGAAUUGAUGAAAUGAUUGAGAUAACUGAUAAUAUAAGUGAAGCAGAUGCAUUUCUUGCCUUAUCCUCCAAACUCAAAAAGAACUCCCAAAUUCAGGCAGUUGCCAAGUCUCGUGACAUUCCAAUCUUUGUCACAAAGUCAACCUCUUUGGUACAGAUUACAAAGGCUGUAGGUGCCCUUGUUAAUGAACAUGCCAAUGUAUCCAAAUAUCAUAAAGAAGAACACGAAGCAACUUCAUCAGAGAUGGUUGAUGCUCUAGAGGAAGCAAGACUGGCUGUCGAGCAAAUUGUGAUUCCACAAGGGAAGUCCUUACAGCUUCUCCCAAGGCCACCACAUAUCAUUCCAGUUCAGAUAGACCUGAUCAAGAAGUACAAACUCAAGUGGGAGAUGGUGGUCCAAGAGCCUGGUGUUUAUCUAAGAAUCUUUCCCCUUCCCCUCCAGGCUGGCAUUGGAGAGAAGAAAUCCGUUGAUCAAGUUGUUGAUGAGAAUAUUGAGCUCGACAAUUUAAGAAAUUUUGGUGAUACAGAGAGUUCACAAAGUGGGGUACCUAGACUGCCUCUCCUCCCUGAAUGGUAGCAGUCUUUCGUCGAGGCAACCCUCCGGUGGCCUGUUUAGAUGCACGUCGGAUCUCUUGUCUGCUUUGAUAAGUAAUAAAGCUUGUGGGAGUAGUGCGGCAGGACAACUGCAACAUCAGCACGAGCGGCCGAAGUCGACACUACUUUAUCUUCAGAUCAUUUCAGGAUGUGGAAGUUGUGCGUGGACACCAACGAUGCCCAAUCUCUUGCACCAAUUGUGCAGGGGAGAUUACUUUGGCAAAACCUCUAACUUGCUGGCAAACACCUGUAAUGUGAAUAAUUUUUCUUUAGAUUUUAUCCUUUUUUAUUUUUUUUUCCUUCCCUCCCCCAGUGUUCUAAGCCCGCUGCAUGAGCUUUCAAUCAGAAUUCCAGCUUUUAAAAUUGAGUGCAUCUGCCACAUUCUUCGUAA